AUGAAUUUAGAUGAUAUCUAUAAUUGGUAAAAUUUAUAUACAAUACAUAACUAGGAUUCUAAAUCAUCAAAAUAAUUAUCCUGGAAAACAUCAAGAAUCUUAACCAAGAACUAUUUCAUCCUAUAAACCAUUAGAACCUAAAGCAUAAGUAAUUUAUACUCUUUACUCUUUUAGUUUCAUAUUGUUAUAAAGGCUACUGCUGAAUAUAUCAAAGAAAAAAUGUUAAAUGGAAAUGUAAUAUCAUUAAAUACUUUUAAAGGGUGUUAAUUUAAAAGAAUUUGGAGCAUUUACAAUGGAAGUUAUAUCAGAUUAUGUUAAACCAUUAUAACAUUCUGGUUUUAAAAUGACUGAAGAUUUAGAUAUCUAAAGAGCUGAUCGGAAACAUGUACAUACAAUAAGGUAUUUGUACAUUAUUAUUAAGACCAUGUUUUAUUCCAGAUAAUUAGUUGAAAUAUUUCUUAUAGAGAUAUCCUGGAAAAGAAGAGGUUACUAAACCUUUAAGUCAACAUUCAAUCUAUUAAAAGGGAUUUGGAAUGAAUUUUUGUAAUGCAGGACCAAUUGCUGCUUCAUGGUAACUCUUUUGAUCAAUUCAAUUUAUUAGUUAUUUAGGUAAAGAUGUUGUUUAAUCUAUUCAUUAUUCUUUAAUUAAAGCUAUUUAAGAUUUAACUAGACUUGGACAUGAUUUACAUAUUGAUUUUGGAUUUAUUAAAAUAUGUAUUUUAAACAAAGAUCUAAAAUACAAAUAUGAAUAAUCAUUUAUUAAUAGAUUAAAUUAAACUGAUUAUGAAUAAAAAGUAAUUUACAAAUUUAUUGUUUGUAGAUGCGUAAGUCAGAUGUGGCUACAUCUCAACAUUGGAAAACAACAUAAGAAGAGAAAUGGUCUAAAAGUACUUUAAAUCAUUUACUAACAAGACCAAAUCCUAAUUAAGUUUAAGAAAAUUAUGAAAAAUCUAUGGCUCUUAAAAUUAUGUCAUUAGAUCUUAAUACUGCUGAAUAAACACAUUAUAGUAAAAAUUAAAAAAUAAAGUUACCAACUUUAAACAAAUGA